AUGGAGCACAAGGUGACCUGUGUCCUCGCUGCGGUCCUCAUGCUGGCCCUCAGCAGCCUCGCCCAGGACCAGGAAGAAACAUGUACCGUGAGCCCUCGAGAAAGGAUAAAUUGUGGCUUCCCUGGCGUCACUGCCACGCAGUGCAAGGAAAGAGGUUGUUGUUUUGAUGACAGUAUCCGGGGAUUUCCAUGGUGUUUCCAUCAUAUGACCGUUGAAAACCCUCCAGAAGAGGAAUGUCCCUUCUAG